AUGACAGCUAACAGAGACGCAUUGAUACCGCGACUCAAAGACGAUCCGUCUAUCGAUCCUCCCUAUACUUUCGGGCAGAUUGACGAAGCGGCUAUGCAUUCCGAGGUGCUGCGCAUCUAUACCAACGCGCGCAAAGACACCAGAAUCAUGUAUGAUCUGGGUCUGGACCGAGACGGCGAUCACGAAGAGAAUUGGAUCAUUCGCUGGCUACUUUGGCAUGUGUUCCGGUAUCGUGAUGAUAGAAACAGCAGUCUCGGACGCAGGACUGGCUCAUCUACCCGGCCAUCCACAGACAGCGAAGAACCCGAUAAUGGGAGCGACGAUGUCAGCAUUCCGACUGAUCACAGCUCAGCCGUUGCUGCUGCAACCAUUGCAUCUCAUCAAGUGUCCGACGCGCAGCAACAUGCGGGUUUCGAAGAAGGCAAGACUUCAAGCGCAAGCCAAGCUCGCUAUUGGGAUCCGGUGCGAGAUCGAUUCCGAAGUUGA